CUGGCUGGAUUUAAAAAAAAAAACUAAUUGGAGGGUAAAAAGAAAAACUGAUUUGAAACUUGAUGCCUAACCUAAGUAAUAUUUUUUUCGUGAAAUCGACUUCUUUCCCAUAACAACGUUGCUCUUCUGUUUUUUUUUCGAUAUUAGAUGUCAAUUUAGAAGCAACAGACAAUGUUUUAUGAUAAGAAGCUGAUGAAUAGUGCGAGUGUGGGGCCAGCGUGGAGACGGGCCAACGGAUUUAGUUGUGAUGAGAACGGAGAAGGAAAGAAGACACUGCCAGAAGUCUGUGACAAGGUCCACAGCUGGGUGAAGUCUGAAGACGAGCUGGCGAGCCGCCGCCUGUCCCUGCGAGCCGCCGCCACCCUGGUGGCUGGCACCGCGCGCCUGUACCGGCACAAGAUGAACAGCUUGUUGGAAGAUUUGCAAGACUUACAAUAUCAGAAGAGAUUUGAUUUCAAGGAACUUGGAUCCGGAACAGAUUUUCCUUCAAUGACUGAAGAUUCUUCAUCAUCAACAUCAGUUGCGUCGCCGGAAGAAAUGAGACAGAGUGAAAAAUCUCACAUCUUACAAAUAGAUACAAGAAAAAGACAUUUUCAACCAAUCUCACCUGGUCACUUCGAAAUCAUUAAGAAAUUCAUAUGUUCUGAAGGCGAUGACGAAUCGGAACUAGAAAGAAAUGAUGAUGAGAAUGAUGUUUUUAAUGCUAAUAUCGAUGUGGAUGAUGUUGAUAGUGACGGUGAAGUCGCAAAUCAUAAUAGUGGUAAUUAUCAACAUGAGCCAAUUGUGAAUUAUAGUGUUAACAGUAGUAGUAGGACUAAUUCAGAUGACAGCGAAGAAAAUUGCAAUAUUGAUCAAUUGCAAUUGAUUGAAAAUUUAGACAAAGAUGAUGAUGAUGAUGAUGAAGGAUUAGAGAUUGAACGAGAAAGUUUAAGCCAUGUGGUUUCAGAGCACAUUAUUGAAACUGGACAUGUAACUGAAGACUCGUUCACUCCAAGAAGUAAUGAGAUACUAAAUAGAAGAACUCUUAACAGUAAAGGAACGCAAACUGACCAGAACGAAAGCCUUGAGCCAGAGUCUUCUCAUAACGACGAAGAAACCGAGAGAAACGAAAUAAAUAACGUCAAUUUACAUCCGAAUGUAAAUUUAGAUAGAGUGAGCAAUAGUGGGACACCGUACGGCUGUUUCUUGAUUUACACUGAAGGCAAUCAAAUUCCAACUCAUGUUAUAGUUGGAGAUAUUAAUACCAAUUUUAUAACCAUGUUGUCUUCAAAGGGAAGUGAUCAGUAGAUAAAUAAUUAAAAGUAACACAUAGAUAGUUCCAACUUAGAUUUAGAUCAAAAUUAUUUGAAUAAGUAUACUGUACGUUUCUUUUUUGUUAUGUAGUUUACGUUUUUUUGUUUGGGAGUACCCCAUUUUGAAUUUGUCGAGUCAUGGUGAGAGUUUAGUAAGGGUGCCUAUGCCUAUUCACCAGGCAUGUGCUAUGCUACAUCGAUAUAUUUGGUUUAUUAUCCACUAAUCAUUUAUUAUAUUCAGUAGUGCACAUAGUAUAGCACAUCCCUGGUGGAAAAGUGCCCUUAGGCCCUUAAAUAUCGACAUCCUUGAAUAAAUGACACCACACAAUAGACUUAACUCAUCUUUUGUUACAUUUUUGGCUCUCUUUUUCACGGAGGCACACUUUUGUUGUUACUAUAAAAAAUAACAAAGGGACCGAUAAGUACUUACUCAAUUUAUGAAAUAACCUAACCAACGCAACGUUAGAAACCUUCAACAAUAAAAAUCUGAUAACUUUUAAACGGUUGAACCGAUUUUCAUACAACAUGGCAAAGAACACUCUGAGUAACAUCCUAACUUCCUAACUAAUAUUAUAAAUGCGACUGUGUCUGUCUGUUACUCUUUCACGCCAAAACUACU